GAGCUGCUCCUGUCCCCUCAGUUGUCCUUGCUGGAGCUGAUCCUGUCCACCCACAUGUCCCCUGUCCCCGCUGAGGGGCUGCUCCUGUCCCCCUACACAACCCCCCAUGACACCACAUGUCCCCUGUCCCUUGCACACCCCUUGUCACCGCCCUGUCCCUUGCAGAACUGAUCCUGUCCCUCGGAUGUCCCUGCGGGGGCUGAUCCCGUCCCCGUGCACCACCCGUGUCACCCCUGUCACCCCGUGUCCCUCGCAGGGCUGGUCCUGUCCCCCAGCACCGCACGGGUUCUGUCCCCCCACACCCUCCCUCUCACCUUCCACGUUCCCUGACCCCCCGUGUCCCUCGCGGGGCUGUUCUUGUCCCCGCCUGCCCCGGGGACCCCCCCCCCCCCGCCCCGGGACCGGAGCCGUGCCCCCCGGUGGGGGCGUGGCCAACGGCAAAGGGGGCGUGGUCUGCGCGAAGGGGGCGGGGCUGGCGCCCGGUUACAUCCGCCUUCCGGGUCGGGCUGAGCCGAACCGGGCCGGAACGGGCCGAGCCGAGCGGAGCCGGGCUGAGUCGUGAGGGGCCGAACCGGGCUGAACUGGGGCGGGGAGACCCACGUGGAGCCGAAGCGAAUCGGGAAGAGCCGAACCGGGUAGUAACGUGCCGAAGAGAAGCGGGAGGAGCCGAACCGGAGCGGGACCGAGUCGGGACGAGCCAUGGGGCAGAUCGAGUGGGCCAUGUGGGCUAACGAGCAGGCGCUGGCGGCCGGGCUCAUCAUGCUGACGGGUGGCAUCGUGGCCGUGGCGGGGCAGUUCAAGGGCUGGUACUUUGCAGCCUAUGCCAUUGCAGCAGGUGUCUUUGUCUGCCUGCUCGAGUACCCCAGGAGCAAGAGGAAAAAGGGCUCCACCAUGGAGAGGUGUGGCCAGAAGUACAUGACGGCCGUGGUGAAGGUGUUUGGGCCCCUCACGAGAAAUUACUACAUCCGAGCCAUCCUGCACGCUGCCCUGGCUGUUCCUGCUGGUUUCCUCCUCUCCACCAUCUUGGGCACCGUCUGCCUGGGCAUUGCGAGUGGCAUCUACCUGCUGGCGGCGGUGCGUGGGGAGGAGUGGAGACCCAUCGAGCAGAAGCCCCGGGAGCGGCUCCACGUGGGGGAAACCAUCAAGCAGCCCCCCAGCAACCCCCCGCCCCGGCCCCCCGCCGACGCCCGCAAGAAGCAGCCGGCAGAGGUGGGGGGGCAGGUGAACCCCAUCCCCGUCGAGGCUGAGUAACAAAGGGGGAGAGGGGCUGGUCCCUCCUGCCUUCCUGCUCACGCUCCUGCUUCCCAGCUGCACCCAGACACCCUCAGGGGCAAACUGGGGUUGCCUAGCUCAUGGGGGUCCCCGAAUCCCAGGGAUGCUCAGCUCGUCAGGGGCAUUCCCAGCUCCUCAGGAGUGUCCCCAGCUCGUGGGGAUCCCCAGUUCCCCAGGAAUGUGCAGCUUUUUGGCCUCUCUGCAACUCCUGAAGAUGCCUAAAUCCAUGGGGAUCACUGGUUCCCUGAGGGAUCCCCAAAUCCCAGGGGACGCUAAAGUCUCUGUGGGAUCUGCAGCUCCUAGGGACUCCCCAGCUCCUGGGGAUCCCCAAGUCACUGCAGGCUCCCCAGCUCACAAGUUCCUGGGGAUCCCUGAGACUCUGUGGCUGUUCGCCUCCUCUGGGGAGCCUCAACUCGCUGAGGGUUCCCAGCUCCCAGGAGCUCUCACAUCCUGGAGAACCCCAUCUCUCCGGGGAAUCCCCAGCUCCCUGGGGGGGUCCCGGAGGAUCAGGCAGCUCUGCUCUCUUCACUGGCUUGCUCUCUUUUUUGUCACUUCUGUAGUUGCUGUUGCAAUAAAAGAUGGGAAAGACA